UCUAGGAAAAUAAAUAGCAAUGUGGUACUCCGGAAUACCAUUGUCUUGUACUCUGUUUGUUUUCCUAGCCAGGCUCGCUCUUACCAAACCUUUGCCGGAUUGGAAGCAAAAAGACUUUGCACAGAAUUAUGAAGAAGAAGCAGAACAGGUUCUGGACUCCUUGACGGGAAGGAUGAAAGAGGAACUUAUCCAGAGUCUGAACUUAUCUGCAGUGUUACUCACGGAGAAACCCGCCAUGAAGCUCCCUCAGUAUAUGAUUGAUCUGUAUAACCAAUAUGCAGACGACAGAUCGUCCUUCCCAAUGUCCAAUGUAAUACGCAGUUUUAACGCUCAAGACAUUAUGUUGUCAUCGUCCAAGGAAAAUCCGAUACAGAGUCACAUUUUGCUGUUUAAUGUCACAAUCCCGGUACAUGAAGAUAUAACAAAGGCUGAGCUCAAAAUGAAAAUGCCUUUAGGUGAUUGGGGUCUGGGACAUCUCAGUUUAUUUGAUGUCAUUCACAUUGAGCCUUCUGAGAAUCUAAGAGACAAAAAUUCCUUCUUGUCGGCAAAAGACGUUGAGGAAGGUGAAUCUGUAACCAUUGAUGUCACUAGGGCUGUGAAGAGAUGGAUGAAUUCUAAGGUGGAAAAAAAUAAAUUGGAAUUUUUUUUUAAAUCAAAUAUUACUGAAGAUACAUGCAUUAAAACCACCAAUGCUGGUAUAUCUUCAGAUGGCAACCACCUACCGAUUCUAAUAAUCUUCUCAGAUGAUCAAGGCAACAGGAUGAAAGAGACAAGGAUGGAGCUGUACCAAAUGAUACUUCAUGAGCAAGAAAAAAACCUUGGAAUAUUUUCACAAAACAUCACAGCUGAGUUGGUAGAGGAAACCAGGGAACAUCAUGUGACUGGGAAAACACCAGUAGCAAGUAAGACAAGGGUAAAACGCGUUGCAGGAAGAAAUUAUUGCACAAAGACAUCCCUAAUUGUUAACUUUAAAGACAUAAAAUAUGAUUUUGUCAUGUUCCCUCCAUCUUAUGAUGCCGGGCAAUGUGUAGGAGAAUGCUACUAUCCACUAACCGAUAAUGUGACACCUACGAAACAUGCCAUUAUACAGGCAUACAUGCACAAAAACAAGCAAGAAGUUGCAAGUCCGUGUUGUGUGCCAACUAAGCUGGCAGCUAUCCAAGCUCUCUUAAUGUUAGAUGGUGUCCCAACUAUAAAGACAAAUUAUGAAGGCAUGAAAGUAGUAGAGUGUGGCUGCAGGUAGUCAAUUACGUCAUGUUUACAAAAGACUAUAAGCCAUUCAGGGCUUGAGGGCUGUACAAAAAAGAUUGCUGACAAUUACUCUGCAGUGGACUGCUGUCAUGGAACAAUUUGAGAUUGAAACAUGUUAACUUAUUAAAGAAUAUACAAUAAAUAUAUUAUGCCGCUGUUAAAUGGGUUACAGACACAGGAGUAAG